AUGUCAAGACUCAGCCCUCUCAGGGUCCUAGUCAUCGUCUCACACCGAAGUUCUAGACUAUCCAAGGCUCAAACCAACCCGGAAGCCCUCUUCCCAAAAGCAAUCCGUCUCCUCAAAGCAAGCCACCUCUACCACCUCCAAGAAACACCCCCGGCAACGAGACUGGUAGCAAUGCAAAAGUGGCGUACGCGGGUCUUCUUCGUCUUCGAUAUCUGCCACACAACCUACGAUGCGAAGCUAGGUCAUCUCCCCGAGCAGAACAAACUCCCCGUUGUCGUCGUCCACCUAAGCAAGAAGAACACGGCGUACCCAGCCAACGCUUGGCUAGCCAAGAGGGUAAAUCGGGAUAUUGCACUCUUCCACAACGCUCAUAGCUUUGACGCCGUGCCGCCUUUCGUGGAGGAUCAUAUGUUUGGAAAGCCGCCUGAGUAUGUCAAUCCGAGGGAUAUUGCACUUGUAAAAGCGACAUUUGUCUGA